AUUAAAUUAAUGUGUUCAAUUCAAUUAUUUUCAUAUUAUACAUGAGAUUGUUAUGUAUAACGGCGUUAUUCAUGUCAUAAAGUGCCAGGUGUACAAGGAUAACUUUUAACGUAAUCAUCGCAUUUCAUAGAGUAGCAUUAUUUAGGCUUUACUUUUUGUAAACAUCAAAUGACAAAAUGUCUAACUACCCUAGUGUUAUCAUAGAUACCGGGUCACUGUAUCUAAAGGCUGGACUCAGUGACCAGGCUGAACCGCUACUACACUGCCCUAGCAUAUACGGUGAUGUGCGUCGACGUUUCCAAAAGGAGAUGGGUAAUGAAAGGUACUAUGGAAAUGAGUGCCAACAACGCAUGUCAUACAUGUCAACGACUAAUGUAGUGGACCAUGGUCAUAUUUUUGAUUACGAUAUUGCUGCUGGUCUAUGGAAGUACGCUUUUGAUACCAUGGAUGUUGAACCUAAAGGAGCUUCCGUUUUGAUGAUUGAACCUGUGCUUUGUUCGGCAGAACACCACAGGAAAACGGGAGAAAUAUUAUUGGAAGGUAUGGGAGUUGAAGAAAUCCACACCUCAAUGUCCGGAGUGCUUUCGUUGUAUGGCGUUGGUAAAAGCUCUGGAAUGGUUGUAGAUAUAGGAGAUGGUAUGAUACAAGUGGUGCCAAUGGAAGAGGGUCACCUUGAAAAGAAGGCAAUUAGAAGAAUCGAUUUUGGAGGUUUGGAACUUACAAUGUAUCUUCAGAAGUUACUAUGUGAACUUGGGUAUCCUAUGACGUCCAGGGAUGACUUUGAUACGUGUCGUAAAAUUAAGGAGGAACUUUGCUUCACUUCAUUGGAUCCUAGAGCUGAUGAAAACAACGCUGCAGGUCUAGAGAAGCAAUAUGUUUUGCCAGAUGGACAGACGUUGAGGGAUGGCGAGACUAAUGUGGUUGGUUUAUCUGUAGAACGUUUCUAUGUUUGUGAGAUUCUAUUCAACCCAACCAUUAUUGGCUUUUCUCAUCCGGGAUUAUCACAGCUACUAUGGCAGUCAAUUCAGGACUCCGGUCUAACACAGCGUAAACUGCUAAUGGAAAAUAUAUAUCUUUGUGGAGCCAGCUCAAAAUUCGAAAACUUGGGUGAAAGACUGUCAUUCGAGUUACAGAACUUGGCGCCAGCCGCAGCCAGGUCUAACAUCAUGGUCAACACUUCCCGUGAUCAACAUUUGCUCAGUUGGAAAGGUGCGUGCUUCCUAGGAACGCCGGAAGUAAGACAGACAUAUAAGGAACAAUGGAUCACUAAAGCGGAUUACGAAGAAGAAGGUCCACGUGUAUUUUUACGCCAAAUGGUUAAGUAAAAUUACAUGGUACUUCAUCUUACUCCACCUAUUAACCUUAUAGAGUUAU